AGUGUCCAACAAACAAAUCGAGAAACACGAACACUCAAUAAAAUAUCUCUCUUUUGUGAGCUUUAGCGAUCGUAACAAUGGCGAACGAGGUUCAGUACAUUGACGAGGUCUGGUCUCACAAGAACCCUAUCCUUCCUUCUGAUCCUUACCAGAGAGCUCAGGCUAGAUUCUGGGCUGAUUUCAUUGACAAAAAGCUGUAUGAUGCUCAGAGGAAGGUGUGGGCGACAAAGGGUGAAGAACAAGAGGCAGGCAAGAAGGACUUCAUUGAGAUACUAAAGACUCUUGAAUCUGAGCUUGGAGACAAGCCUUACUUUGGUGGCGAUGAUUUUGGCUAUGUAGACAUUGCAUUGAUUGGAUUCUACACCUGGUUUCCAGCAUACGAGAAGUUUGCUAACUUCAGCAUCGAAUCAGAGGUUCCGAAACUGAUCGCUUGGGUUAAGAAGUGUUUGCAGAGGGAGAGCGUGGCUAAGUCCUUGCCUGAUCCUGAGAAGGUUACUGAAUUCGUCUCUGAGCUCAGGAAGAAGUUUGUACCUGAAGCUCAGGCUCGAUUUUGGGCCGAUUUCGUGGACAAAAAGUUCACCGACGCCCAAUUCAAGAUAUGGGGGAAGAAAGGUGAGGAACAAGAAGCAGGCAAGAAGGAAUUUAUUGAGGCAGUGAAGAUUCUUGAAGCUGAGCUAGGAGAUAAACCUUACUUUGGUGGAGAUAGCUUUGGGUAUGUAGACAUUUCCUUGAUUACAUUCUCCAGCUGGUUCCAAGCCUAUGAGAAGUUUGGUAACUUCAGCAUCGAAUCAGAGAGUCCGAAACUGAUCGCUUGGGCAAAGAGGUGCAUGGAGAAAGAGAGUGUGUCUAAGUCUCUCCCUGACUCUGAGAAGAUUGUUGCAUAUGCUGCUGAGUAUAGGAAAAACAAUCUCUGAUCUGAGUAAAUCUUGUGGUUCUCUUGUUGCUAAGCUGUGUUCUGUUUUUAUCUUUUUUUUUUUUUCCCUAAUAAUGCGAGAGAGCCUUAGUGACUGUGUGUUGUGGUUUGUAUCCAUCCUUAAGUAUGGAAUUUAAAUAAAAUUUGUUUCAAUGG